GGUCACAAGUCUUAUUCAGGUACGACUAGGACAAGACGGGAACCACCUGGAAGUACCAACCUGGAAAGGUAGAAGAGGUAUAUACUUUCCUGUCCUCGCUCGCCCUUUACGACUUCUUCCUGUCGUACCACCCGUCGUCUUUGAUGUGUCUGUCCAUCCCUUGACAACUGUCCUUUGUUGAGAAAACUCAGACACAAUCUUGGGGGCAAAGGCAAUCCAACCGAAGCCAACUAGAAGAAAGCAACCUAAAUAUCCUCAAGACUAUCGCCAUCAUCGCUACUUAUUAUCAUUUGCUGUUGCUGUCGCCCCCGCUCUACAAAGUACUUAUCUAACUUCUUAUUGUAUUUUCCAUCCUUCAUCAAAAUCACUACCUGAGGCCAGGUUUUCGGGAUAAGUCGUCUAGAGCAAGCAAGGGAUGAGCUACGGCAAGGGCCGUGUCAUAAAGCAAGAGCCGUUCAAGGCAACGGGUCGAACAACGUUGACUGAUGCAUACUGUCGUACUGGCAGCUACUGCACGUCUAACAUUUACACAUACCUCAACGGGCACCGGGAAAUAUCCGCCUCCGAGCCAAAUCGCUGAAUAAUUACCAUCCUUCCUGCCUGCAUCAGCUCAGCCGUCGCACCUUCUUCGAAAUGUCGUUCACCAAAUGGUUCAAAGGAAGCGGAAGUGGAACGAACGACAAGGGCGGCCCGAGUCUCAAAAACAGUCAUCAGAAAAAGAAGAGAAGCGAAGACGAAGACCACUGCACUCAAGGCGACAUGGAAGGUUACGUCUAUGACCACAACUACCACUACCAGCCCGCCCCUGGACUCCAACCUCAAGGAUAUGGAUAUUCGCAACGGAUGGCGGCAAAGCCUAGGAAGCCGAGACUGGCGGCACAGGAGGGACACUUCGAUGCCGAGGAACUGACACGUCGACUUCUCGAUGUGCUAGCCGAGCAAAAGACACACGAGAUCAAGAAGCAAAGGAUGAGAGAAGCUAGGACCGUAGCAGCAGCAACAGAUCCAGCUACUCAAUGGCAGCAACGGCAAGAAGCAGCGAUAUCUGCUUUGAACAGGGCCCCGACUGCAGCCGGCCGGACAACAGGUUUGAGAAAACCAAGCAAGUCGUAUACCGACAACGAUUCCGAAGCCGCCCCAGAAGAACAAGAGCAUCGCCAUGUACCCAAAGACGCAACCAGAACGUUCAAACAAGCCGAUACCAACAAAGCCAUCUGCCGCCAAGACAAGCUCGACAAGCAAGCCCAGGGCGAACACCGCCGUCAAAUUAGUGAACAUAUUGUUGAGGUUCCCAUGGAAGAGUGCAUAAGGGCCCUGCCGUACCAGACUCAGACCCGAUUAACCCUGGCAGACGAGAAACGCCUCAAGCGAGAACAGAUACUCAAUGAGGCAUCACCAGCGGGCCACAAAGCUCAUGGACAAACUGUUGUUGAAAAGGUCAAGAGAAGGCAUGAUCUCAACCUGGAAGGGGCACUCUCGAGGAUCUCGGUGACCUGCGCGUCUGAAACCAACAUUGGUGAACGCGGCCAUUCCACGGCAGCAUCAGAACCAGCAAUAUCAGCAACUUCUGGCAAGCAGCAAUCCAGGGAACGUAGUAAGGAGCCCGAAUUUGCAAUCUUCCCUCAUUCACUGGCUACUCGCACCAUGACUACAAUGCAAGACCAGGCCACCUCCCGGCAGGGACACCAGCCAGGAGCACCCUCAGCAGCAGCACCACAAACAGCACCAGAGAAGAACACCAAUUCAGUAGAAACGACCCUCUCUAGCGAAAACGACGACUUAUCAGCUCUCCCCUCACCCACGACAACCCAGUCUCAAAGCCAAAGCCUAAGCAAGCGAUUUCGAGCCUCCCCCUUCGUCAAUAAGUCCCCAUCUCUCUUGAACCUGCGCCAAAAGCUCGGCAUGACCGGAGGCUCUGGCUUCGGCUCCGGUUCGGGCUCCGGCUCCUCCGGCUCUCCCGGUUCUCCAGUAACCGGCAACAGUAGCGGCAGUGGCAGUGAGCUGUCUACAGCCACCACUGGGAUUUCGAGAGGAGAGGAAGCUGCAACGUCACCACUUACUGCGGCGUCUUCUUGUCGUGCUGGUGCCGGGGCGGAUAACCAGCCGCAGACGCAGACGCAGCAGGGGUGGGGCCUGCUGAAGAAGACAGCGACGGGGAUGGGUCAGGAGAAGGAAAAGACGAGGAUGAAAAGUAAAAAGAGUGGGUUCUUUGCUAAGCUUGGGGGUAGUGUGAAGAAGGGAAUGUUUUGAGUAGAGUUGCUUGUGUUCUUCUGUGUCUUGAUGAAGUAUAGGCUAUGCAUGGGAUGAUGAUGGGAUACGUAAUGAUGACGGGUAUGGAUGGCGUAGAGUGGCAGGCAACCUAAGUUUGGUAAACGUCUUGGGUUUUGGAACAAAGGCGGAUUUUGGACGGCGAGGAACUAUUCUAAAUCCCAGUGAUCAAGCUUUCGGUUUACUUAUGUUAUACUGUAUCUGGUGUUAGAGUUACCGAUAUACACCAGCAGAUAUGCAACGUUGGCAAGUGUUUGUAUACAGCUUAUAUGUUGUUAAGUACAAGUAAUUUUCUGUUGUCCCGAUA